UUGUCAUCCAUCACAUCAUAAGGCGGGGCUAGCGUAGAGGGAUUUUCACGCUUAGCAAAGUGAUUGACAGCCAUCUGCGACUGAAAUGUGACUAUGGUAUUCACCUGUGAUUGGCUGAAAUUUUACGAUGACGUAAUUUUCGUCACAACAGACGCUCAUCUUUUAUGGUGAAGUGGCUUGACUGGCAUUAUCGUUCAACCCACCCUGAAGACUCUCGCUGGCCGUCAAAAAGUAUUCCAAUCAAAACACUCAAUCGUAGUUGGUUUACAAUAACGUGUGUAAAACUCGCAGUUUUAUGGAUAGUCGUGCGCCUGUGCUGUGGUGAAACGUUUAUGUUGGAGACAGUGUAUGACCUUCGCUAGACGGACAGCCACGCCGUUGUGUCUGUUCGGUGAGGGUGGUGUUGAAGCAUGGACGAUCAGCAAACAAUGAUGCAUCCCGUUUCUCAGCAUCCUACGGUCGGCAUGGGAGGUCAUGUAGUGCCUCAACAUACUUAUGGUAUGGAUCCUACAAAUCAACAACACACUUCGGAUCAGGAAGUGCGUAAACAUGAUAUUUCCGAAAUUCUUCAACAGAUCAUGAACAUUACGGACCAGAGUCUUGACGAAGCUCAGGCGAGGAAACAUACACUGAAUUGCCAUCGAAUGAAACCAGCACUCUUUAGUGUUCUGUGUGAAAUCAAAGAGAAAACAGUUCUAAGUUUACGUAGCACACAGGAAGAUGAACCACCUGAUCCACAGUUGAUGAGGCUAGACAAUAUGCUAAUAGCUGAAGGAAUCGCCGGUCCGGAAAAAGGUGGAGGCGCUGGUGCAGCGACUAAUGCAUCUGCAGCAGCCUCUGGUGGACCAGGUCAACUUGAACAAACGAUAGAACAUUCAGAUUACAGAGCGAAGUUAUCACAAAUUAGACAGAUUUAUCAUCAAGAGCUUGAAAAAUACGAACAGGCGUGUAGUGAGUUUACAGCCCACGUCAUGAACCUUCUCAGAGAGCAAAGCCGGAAUCGACCAAUCACAUCCAAGGAGAUUGAACGGAUGGUCCAGAUUAUUCACCGGAAGUUUAACUCAAUCCAGGUGCAGCUGAAACAGAGCACGUGUGAAGCAGUAAUGAUCCUCAGGUCGAGGUUUCUAGACGCCAGGAGAAAAAGACGAAAUUUUAGUAAACAAGCCACAGAGAUCCUGAACGAAUAUUUUUAUUCACACCUGAGUAAUCCAUAUCCCAGUGAAGAGGCCAAAGAGGAACUAGCUAGAAAGUGUGGGAUUACUAUGUCUCAGAUUUCUAAUUGGUUUGGUAACAAGCGGAUACGUUACAAGAAGAACAUAGGAAAGGCACAGGAGGAAGCCAAUAUGUACGCGGCCAAGAAAGCCGUAAGUGGUGGUGGUGCUGCUGCAUACGGUAUGGUACCAUCAAGCCAGGGACAGAUGAUCAGUCCGCCUCCACCGCCUGGACCAGUGCCACCUAGUGACGGAAUGUAUAACAUGAGCAUGAACGGUGGUGACUCCUACCAGUCCGUCUCGUCAAUGGGAGCCAAUGUCCAACCACAGGCCCACUCUCAGAGGCAUGUUUUCAACCAGCCAGCAGGGAUGUCGGAAGGGUUGGCUACAGCCAGCCUGUACGAGCCUGGUGUCCACCAGAUCCAAUACGGAUGAAAUGGAGCAAGCGAACACCACCGUCUUUAGUGGGUGCACUUGGAAAGUCAAGCCAGACUCCCAAGUCUUCUGUAUCCACAUCUAUACAUGCGUGUACAGACGUUUUGCUCCUGUUCACUGUGGUCUGUGUUUUUGUUCCUGUUUGGGAUGAACAUAAUUCCAUAUACACAUAGACAAAAAACACAGUCACGUGCACCAAACUUUCGUUCGAGGUCUACAUCAGAACAGAAGAAUAACAAGAGAAAAACUCUUUUUUUUGUGCCAUAUCCAAAAACUGAGGAUUAUUUGACCGAGCUUUUGAUUCCUUAAUUACCUACCGUUGUUUUCAUUCUUUGCUUGUUUGUUUAUUUGUUCCUUUUUUAACUUUCGGAAUCUCAUGUUGAAGAAGAUAAUGAUGAUAAUACUAGAAAAGAAGAUAUAUGUUCCCUUGAGAUUUGCUCAAGGAACACUAAUUAGAAAACCUUAUCUUCAACAUUCAUCCACGAUUAGAGCUUAAUAUUGAUUCGGAAUUUGCGAUCGAACGUGUUUGGAAAAUGAAUUCAUCCCAGUUGGUUUCUGUUCUGGUUGCAUUGAUACAAUUUUUUGGCGGGUAAAAUGCACCAAGACAGUAGAAAAUGGACGCAAAAAUCCGGUUUUUAUACUUGGAAAGUGGCACAUUCGGCAUAUGAGUUCAGAUGUGAAAAGUCAAAAAUGAACAGUAAAGAGACGAUUAAAAUAGCCGUUCAUUCUGUGAAGUUGUGUGAAGAUAUUAAAAUAGUAAAUGACUGUUAGUAAAAUGUAUAAGUAGAGAAACUGAUAAGUAUCGUUAAAAGAGUUUCUUAACAAUUUUGAAAAUUAAAUGUUUUUAUGGAACAUAAUCAAACUAAUUUGAAAAGUCGUAUUCUUGCAAAGUUAAGUUUAAAAAAGCUGGAAACUAAGAAUUAUGGAAAUAUCUUGGAACUUUCACAAAUGAAUCAAGAUUUUCAUCUUACAUUUUUGGACAGUUUUUAAUGUCAGUUUGUGUGGACGUUGGACAUUCUAAGAAAAUUAUCAAUGUCCAAAUGAUUUGGACAUCAUACAGCAAUUAGAAUAAAGCGAAGAUUUCAAAACGUCUAUACAGAUUGGACUUUUAUGUAAGAUAUAGGCUUCGUUUCCAUUUUUCAUCUUUUUUGGUCUCUUGGGACAGAAAGGCUAGGUUUUUUUUCUCUAUAUCGUAAUAUAAAUGGAAAUGUUUUUCUUGCAAAUCUUACAAGAUUAAGACAGUGUGAAAAUUAUUCUGAUUUGAAUGUUAAUUUAUGUCUGAUGUUUAUGAUAUUCACAAUCAAAAACUUAACCGAGUUUUAAAAGUUUGAUCUUUUUCAGUAAUUUUUUACUUCUUACUAGGUUGGAUAUUAUUCUUCAUUUUCAAAGUUUUCAUCAUUCUGUUUUUUUUUUAAUUCAACUUACUUUUAGUGUGAGUUUAACGCAAUAAACACGAUUUACGUAAAUGUUGCAAAAUUAAAAUUUACAUCACGGUAUACAUAAAUUCAAGAUUUCGAUACCUAAACUGAAAUUAUUAUUAAUUUUAAGUCUUGUUGAUGCUGAAAAAUUUGUCACUUACGUUGAGACUGGUUUUUAAUACACCUAAAAUUUACACAAAAUUAUGCUCUUUUCUCGUAAUUGACUUCACCUAGAUUUUUACUUUUUCGAGGAAAAGAAUAAUUUGAUUUUUUCUAUAUAUAUACACACACAUAUAGAUUUCUAUAUAAAUAUGGAAGUAGAAAAAAUUAAUAUUAAUGUUUUUCCUCAGAAAACCUUGAAAUAAAUUUUUAAAAGAUGUCAGUUACCAGAAAAACUAUAGUAAAUGUUGUUGUUUUUUAAUAAUUAGUUCAAUCCAUGUUUUAUAUUUUGUAGAGUAAACCUCGCAUGUUUUUUGGCCCAUAUUUUAAAAGAAAUUAAAUUUCUGAUAAGUGUUUACACAUCAAACAUCAGACUAAAUCCUGAUAGUAACCAAUCUAUUGAGUAAAGUUUCGGAAAAUUUCACCUUUGAAACGAAUUUGUUCUGAAUCAAGUUUCGUAGGGUUGAUGCAACAGAUUUAAUUCACGAAAUCAGUGUCAACUUAGUUUUCAAAAAGUAAUAAAAACUAUAACAACCGAUAUAUAAAUAUAUAUAUGUAUAUAUAAAUAAUACAGGGUGGGGUAAAAGUUACUAUACAGUUGGUACUACACGUUAUCGGAGGUUUCUAAAGAAAAUAUUACGAAACCAAUUAAAACCAAUCUAAUUAUUAUUUGUAUGAAAGUAAUAGGUAGAAAAUGAAGUAUGUUCUGAAGGAAAAAACUGUAUAGCGAUCUUUGCCUCGCCCUGUACAUAAAAGACCAGUCAAGCGUGGCUAUGACUUGAUUUUAAACAGCCAAUAAUCUAGUAUAUGACAUGUGGUAACUGUAUAGCUCAGUGUUUGUGAAGAAGUGUAUACGCAUUUUUGUCCCAAUUGUAUAUUGAACAUUAAAAAAAACAAAAAACAUCAUAAUAAUAAUAGCAAGUUUUUCUUCUAAUUAAUAGGUCGAUGUGCAUAAAGACUUUUCUUGUUUAGAUCAUUAAGUUCUAGCUAACCAUGGCGAAAACGAGGUAUACAGAGCAGACGUUAUAUUUAGAAUGUCUAUACGAUAUGGACAUUUUCAACUGGAAUUUUCUUCGAAGUUCUUUUCUCUUUAUUUUUCAACUAAAGGUACAAAUCGUGUGCAGGUCCCAUAAUGAUAGCAUCAUCUUAGUCUAAAACCAUCAACGUAGUAUAGUAAUUCAUUAUUUUUUUAUUUAUCCGGUGCAUUGUUCAUUACGUUACUACUCCGAAUCAACCAAGUUAUCGAUGGAUGACUUUGUUCAUCUAUCGAAAGCCUCGUGUGUGCUAACAUUUUGCUACAGAACACGGAGGUCAUGAAAUUCAUUAUUUUUUUUUCUAAAAAAAUGUUUUGCUUAGUUUUAUCGUGGCUUCGACUAGUGUAAAAUUUAUAUUUUAGUUUGUUUUUUUAAUAAUAAUUCAAGUAAGGAACCGAAUUGAUUGUUAGUAGAAAUGAAUUAGUUUUUACUUCACUGCCGAAUCGAUAUUGUAAGCCAUUGAUUUUAAAUGACGUAUUUCACUGAAUUAGAAAAACGAAGAAAACGUUAAAAUCUGAAUAACAUUUCAAACGACCUGAACAUACUCGGACGAAUAUAAAUUGAGUAUGUGCUAAUGUGCUAGAAUAACACAAGUGUGAAAGUAUGGGGUUAGAAUGAAUAUUUAGAAAAAAAUUACUUUUGCUAGAGAAGGCAAGAAAUGUUGAAAAAAUAACAGUGAAGUUGAUUCGUACACAUUCAUUAACUGAAACUCAAUCGUGCAAAUUCAAGUAAUUAUAUAGGGCCGCGUAGGGUUUAAAUAGCAUUGUUAUGUGUCGGAGUGAUUUCUUCAGUUAAAGGUAAUAUACUGCAUUUUUAAUAAAUGUGUCGCCAUCAGUGUUUCUGUACAGCAUAGAAAUUUCAAUAUUAUCGUCAGUGGGUGUAUGUAUAAAUGUGAAAUAAAUGUCAAUACUUUACAGGCCCAUCUUUAGGGACUGUCUAGGGAUAACAACUGUCCCAAAUAAAAAGGUUUUGU